AUGUCUGUGUCCGUGAGGAGAAUGGCAUCUCAAGACGAACAACCCAGAAACGGUCCCCGGGCAGGAAACUUCACGCUUAGAUCUCGCGGAGGACCCAUCAACCAGGAUGGAGAGGAGGCGGAGGAGGUCGGCUUCCCCAGCCCUGGGCUCAUCUCAUUGAACAACGGCAGCCAAGGGCAUGGGAUGGUGGAGCUGCGGGGCAUCUUUUGGUCUUUCUGCUCGUGGCUGCAGCCAGACACGCACAGUGAUCAGGAGAUGAUUGUCCAACUGUCAAUGGAGCAGUUCCUGCUCAACAGGCCCAGCAGCGAGAGGGCUGCCUGGCAGGAGAAGUGGGAGUCGAGUGGCAGAGACAUGGAGGCGUUCAUGAAGCACCUGGGGGAUGAGGGCCUGAGGUCCCCCAGCAUGAUCCAUGUCAGCAUGGGGGGGGGGGGGCAGGAAGCCCUGUUCUCGGAGAACAUGCCCAUAGGACAGGUCCUGGCCCACCUCCAGGAGCAGCGCUCAGCAGCCGCCACCACAGGGACCCCCUCCCCAGCUCCCCCAGAGACACCCCGACCAGCAGCACCAGAAGAUGCAGAUGAAGAUGGCGACAACCUUUCCAGUCCUGACCACCAACCCCCCUUUAUGCUCAUCCCGGAGGAAGAGAGCCCUCAGGGCCCCGCAGAGAGCGAGGUGUCCGGGGAGAGUCCACGCAGCUCCGGUUCAGCAAGUCCGGGCGCCCCCACUGCCCAGGAAGAGCCUCCCCGAGAGGAGGCGCCCCGGGAGGCGGGGGGCGCCCAGAAGCUGUACCGGUGCGACCAGUGUCCCCGGGUCUUCCAGUACCUCUGUCGGUUCCAGCUGCACCAGAGGAGGCACAACAACGAGCGGCCCUUCGUUUGCGCCACGUGCAGCAAAGGCUUCUUCUAG